UUACCUCCUCAACUUUUAGCUUAGUCUGAUUUACUCUGACUCGACACCACGUCAGCAAAACCACCACUAAAAUCACUCAACAUGUAAAAACAAACAGUUUUAACAAUUGAGAAAGCUUAAAAGAGGGAGGCAAAUUGAACUUUUUUCUUAAAAUUUUGGGUCAAGCUCGGGCCAGGCUUUUGAUCCGUGGGCUGGCCCCGUUAACCCGAAAUGAACAGCUCUCGCAACAAAUCUGGUGACCUUCCAGCAAAGAAGAAGAAGAAGAAGGCCCAAUAGGCCACUCGUCCGUCAGUUGGGGCGCCAAAACAUUGACCUAAUUUUGUAUCCGGCUCCGGCCUCGUCUCGACUCCGUGGGGGCGCAGCGUGCAAGGCGUACCGCGUAGACCGCACUCUCCCACAAGCUUGGCAGCCAGCGGCCACCGCCAGACGUAAGAUGGCGGCGGAGGCCAAACCGGCUGCGGCCAGCGGGGUUGCCGGCGAGAUGGAGGUGGAAGCGUACCGCCGCCUAUUCCCGGUGGCCUUCCUGGAGCGCCACCUCGGCGAGUCCGUCCGCAUCGAUGCCCGCCGCCUCAGAGAGGCCCGCCCCACCACCAUCGCCCUCGGCGCCGUCUCCUCCGCGCAUGGUUCUGCUCUCGUCCGCCUUGGCGACACCGCCAUGCUCGCGUCGGUCAAGCUCGAGGUGAUGUCGCCCCCGGCUGAGCACCCAGACGAAGGAUCCGUCGCUGUUGAGUUCCACAUGCCACCCAUCUGCUCCCCGCUGGUUAGGCCAGGCCGAUCCGCUGAGGUUGCACCAGUCAUCUCCAAGGCCCUUGAGGACGUUUUGAUGAGUUCUGGAAUGCUAAAUUUGAAGGACCUCUGUUUGAUCACUGGGAAGGCUUCUUGGCUAGCGUACCUGGAUAUCUAUUGCUUGAAUGCUGACGGGUCUCUGUUUGACGCUGCACUUAUUUCAGCAGUAGCUGCCUUCACACAUUUGGAGAUUCCUUUAGUUUCUGUUGGUGAUGAUGGUAGGUUAUUUACUGUUGGAGGCAAUGAUGGAAAAAACAAAUUUGAAUUGGUCAACAGAGAAAAGAGGAAGCUGACACUUUGCGAUAUUCCAUUGUCCCUUACAUGCGCGCUUCAUAAAGAUAGUAUACUAGCGGACCCAACUUCUGAAGAAGAAUCGAUAAUAGAGACCUAUGUGACUGUUGUUGUAGAUUCUUCAGAUCGCCUAGUGUCAUUACAGAAAGUUGGAGGAGCAGUGACAUCCAUGGCGACUAUUAAGGAGUGCAUUAGCUUGGCGAAAGAAAGAAGACAGAGCCUAAGAGAAAUUCUGAUAGACUCUGUCAAAGCCAUGGAAGUCGACCAAACUGAAUAAUUCUGCAAAUAGAUUCAGUUAAUCUAACCGCAUUAUUUCUUGAUGGCUUCUCUCUGUCUCGGCUGCACUGGUUGUAACGGCAGUUUUGUUGACUUAGUCCAAGUAUGUAGCUAUUUGUACUCUACAGUCUUCACAGAAUUCUUCACUUAAGCAGCCUGACAAUUUUGUUUGAUGAGCAUGUCUGCAAUGCACCUUUUCUCGCAAGUUGCCAUCUUGUAAUGCCCUAAUUCACAUUUUGCAAUAUUUUAUUUUUUUUCAAGAUUAAUUAGAACUAA